AUGGUGUUCGAGCCGAUUCACGAGGAGGAGCAAGUUUUCGUCGACUACGCUCUAGAGCUGGUCAAGAAGGCGGGAACGCUCGUCCGCACCGCAUUCGAUUCAGCGGAAAGCAAGGUGGAGACAAAGGCGUCGAACACCGAUCUGGUGACUGAGACGGACCAGGCUGUGGAGAAAUUGCUCAUCGAAGGGCUCUCCGCCAGAUUUAAAGGGCAUCGAUUCAUCGGAGAAGAAUCCGUCGCCGGUGGCGCCAAAAUCGAGUGGACCGAUGCGCCGACAUGGAUCAUCGAUCCGAUCGAUGGAACCACUAACUUUGUACAUAGAAUUCCAAUGAUCGCCAUUUGCGUCGGGCUCGCUAUCAAGAAGCAGCUGCGUGCUGGUAUUGUCUUCAAUCCGAUCACCAAUGAGCUUUAUAUGGCACAAGUUGGAAAGGGAGCAUUCAAGAAUGGAUUUCCGAUUCGUGCGUCGAAAAAUGAAUCAAUUGCGGACAGUGUACUGAUACUUCAACUCGGCUCGAUACGGUCACCGAUCAUGCAAAACUCGUUUGUCGAGUCUUACAAGACUGUCAUGUUCGAUAAGCAGUGUCAUGGACACCGUUCAUUCGGCUCCGCCGCCAUCAACAUGGUGAUGGUCGCUCAGGGAAGCUGUGACGGCUACGUUGAGUAUGGAAUCCACGCGUGGGACGUCGCCGCGCCAGCUGUCAUCGUCCUCGAAGCGGGUGGUGUGGUCACAGAUCCAACUGGCGCUCCAUUCGAUGUGAUGUCUCGAAAAGUGCUGUGCGCUGGAACCGCCCAACUCGGAAAGGAUCUUUCCAACUGUCUCACUCACGUCGAUUUUGAGCCGGAGGCCUAA